UCCUCUUCCGCUCCGGCAGUUUGAAACCGUCGGUGCCGGCGGCCGGCGCCGCCGGGGCCCGCAGACUUUGUGCAGAAUGUCAUCUGAUGAGGAGAAAAGCACAAGUCCAGUUUUGCCAAAUGACUUUGUUCAGGACAGUCCUGUUUCUUCAGAUCCUCAGGAUGAAUAUGAAGAGCUGUUUCGUUAUACUGUAGUGACUCCGAAGUUUGAACAGUGUGUCUCAAAGUUACCAGAGCCUGCAUCAGAACAGAGACUGCCUGACAGAGUUUCAAGGGUAACAGAUGAUGCCGAUCACCAUAAGACUCCAGUCUUGACAUCAGUGAAACAGGCUGGUAUGGAACAACCUGCUUUUUCAGAAGCAGCUUCUUUUCAAGGAUCUACACAUGGUCCAAGAGAAGUCAGCAAAACCAUAGUGACUGAAUUAACUUUACCAGAUGAAAAAGUCACUCAAAUAGAAAAUAUUCUUGAUCUCUGGAGUGGAAGUCUUAAGACAAAUAUUCUGACUGAACUGAAAAACUGGAAACUUGAUUUGAUUCAACAUCACAAGCUUCAAAUGAGACAAGAGAAAGAGAAACAUGCCGCACAUUUGAAACAACUGCAGAAUGAGAUGGAAAACUUGAAGGAGUUACUUCAUACUUACGAAAUCUCUGUUAGGAGGAAAGAUGAGGUAAUUACUAACUUAACCCAAGCAUUAGAAAAGCAAACGGACAGAGUAGAGUUGAUGAGAAAGUUUACACUCUGGCGGAUUCAGCAUGUUAAAGCCAAACAAGAGGAAUAUGCAGUUAGAAUGGCAGAUGCACAUUUCCGUACAGCUUUGAUGAAAAAGGUGUGGGCAGCAUGGCGCUCUCUUAGUGAAGAAAGAUGGAAAGACAAAGUAGCAAAAGCCUGUCAGUUAAGGGCAGAAGAUGUCUGUGUUCAGCUCACCAAUGAUUAUGAAGCCAAAAUUGCAGAGUUAACUGCUGCUUUGGAACAGACAAAAGCUGAGAUUCUGCGACUGCAUAGUGAAAGAGAUCAGUAUGAAGAGACCAUGAAGAAAGCUUUUAUGCGUGGUGUAUGUGCUUUGAAUCUGGAAGCAAUGAGCAUGUUCCAAGGCAAGGACAGUAGGCCAGAGCCUGAUGCAGGAAGCAGGAGAAGUGAUAAUGCUACCACUGGUGCAGGAAGGCCACCUCCUUCACAAUAUAGUCAACCUUCACCACCACCUCCACCAACAGCUUCUCUUCACAUGGAAAAUAUGUUUUCUAGCCACCUGGCUCAUGCAAGCACAUCUGAGACUAGACUAGAUUCUGAUUCUCCAAUAAUCAUUGCUAGCACGACAUCAGGAUCAGCUGUGACAUCAACUCAAAAACUGCCCACAGCAAAAGUAAUAACAUCUGCACAACAGAAGGCAGGAAGAACAAUCACUGCUCGAAUCACAGGCCGAGCUGAUAUGGGACAAAAAUCCAGAGCUUCUGGGAGUUUAACAGUGAUGGGAGUUGCUCCACCGAUGAGUUCAGUCAUUGUUGAGAAACAUCAUCCAGUCACUCAGCAAACAAUAUCACAAGCCAUUGCUGCUAAAUAUCCUCGAACUGUGCUGCAUUCUUCUGGCUCUACCUCUUCAAGACCUGCAGGACAAGCUGGGCGAGUGCUUCAGGGCCAAACUCAUACCAUUGUUCAGUCAAUAAAAGUUGUUGACUGACUGACUGUCUUUCUCACCAGUUGGGGUUUUUAAUCAAGGUAUCUCUUCCUGGUCUUUUCAGAUUUGAUGCAGUAAGGCCUAAAGUACAUAUCAUGUUUUUAACCUUUUCUAAAAAAAAGGAAGGUUUUUCUAAGUAAAAAUGCUUUUAUAAUAAAACCUGGAGGGGGGGGGGAAAAGUAAUUGAACUGUUGUUCUACCUCCAAACUUUCAUUAUUAAGACAAACACUUUUUAUUUAAGGAAGCUU